AUGUGGUGCGCACCGUGCAGGAGAAAAAAGAAGUGUGUCCGAUACCCAGAAGGCGACGAUUAUUCGCAACAAGCCCAAAACGGAAAUCCGCUGCUAUCCAACUCUCCUCUCGCACUAGGAAUGCUUCAAGGCUCGCCGCUCUCUCCCCACUUCAACCAGGGCUCGCCUGGUGGCUUCAUGUCUCACUCGCCGCUGGGAAUGCCAGACCACAGCGCAAUGCUCGCCGCCGCACAGAUGAAUGCACUCAACAGUUCCGCGCUCAGUGGAAUGCUCAACGCCGCCCGCCCACCCUUCAGCACCAGCCAAGGGAUGCCCUUUGGUGUGGGCAACCCGCUCGGAGGCAAAUCCUCACCCAUCGGUCGCGGAACACCAUCAAGCGAUGGAGGCUCCGGAAGCGCCGGUAACGGGCCCACUAUCCAGGUCAUCGACGUCAAGCUCGAAGAGACUGACGAUCAACUCUCUCCCUGCGUUUCGCCUGAACCAGCGCCGCCCAUGAAGCGACCUCGACUAGAACCACAGGGCAUCGUCACAUAA